AUCGAGAAAUCAAGGUGGCUUCCUGUUGUUUGUUUGCGUGCGAUCUGCGGGGUCUUCGCGUGGUACGAAUUAGUACGAACCUAAGCUUCCCGUUCGAUCGCACGUUGCCUCACCGGGUGGAAUUAGAUUAACCGAGCACUCUCACAGAGAGCCUUCAUAUUAUCGUUCGCGAGCGGAGACGGCGAUGUUGUGGUUGCACUCCAGAGCGAGCCCGGUGUGCCUUCCCAGCACUGCAUAGUGAUCCCCCCACCUCCUCGGCCGUCGCACGGGGGUUCCGUCUCCUUGUAGCUGCCGGAGCUGCAGCACGCUCUGAUCGUCGAUACACUCGAAAGAGAAAGAAGAAAAAUGGCCGAUUUCCUGCUUGAGCGCGAGCUGCCCAACCUUAAGGUUGCCGUGGACAGUAACACCUUGCUGGAAACUGACAAUGAUGACUGCAUGGACUUAGACGAGAACACGAAGACGGAGAGAGGCGCCGACAUCACGGAGCCGCCGCCGAUCGUCGUGCCCGCACGAAUCGCCGACCGCGCUCGCAAGAGCUCAGACGAAAUGGCAGCAGACGACGUGGACGACCCUGAAGCCUACAUGGUCCAGUAUGCAGAGCUUUACCGGAGUCUUGGUGUUGACCCCAGGCGCCCAGGAGGAACCAGACUGAAUGCUGUGCACGUCAGGGGCGUGACAGACAUGACCACCGAAGAUGUGAUGGAGUACUUCAAAGACUGCGGCCCUACAUCUGUUGACUGGAUCAAUGACUAUGCGUGUAAUGUGGUGUGGCAGCGGAACCAGGAUGCUGCUCGUGCUCUGGAGGAGUUGAGCCGGCCACUUCUGGUCAAACCCAAGGUCCGGGAAGAACACGAUUCGCCCACUCUGGAAGCAAAGCCCCCUCCGAUUUGCGUGUCUCCGUUGAAUCGGACCGAGCAGACAACAGCCACCGGAAGCAUCAUCCGCCAGCAGUCAGCCGAGACUGGAGCGGGAGAUGGAAGCGAAGAAGUUGUGGUGAUGUCGGACGACGAAUUUGGCGAUGAUGCGGGCCCAUCCGAGCCACCUGCCGCCAAGGACACUGUGGCGGGGCGUGAGGAGCUGGACGUCUCUGAAGUUGGGAUUCCAGUGCCUCCUGGAGAGUGGCGCCGAGCUGUCAGGCCGCAUCCUAAGGCCAAAAUGCUGCUCCUGCGCUUUUCAAAUAAGUAUGACAAGAAGAUGCCUGGAGCAGAGAAGCACAGUGACUUCUACAAGAAAUAUGGAAACCCUAAUUAUGGAGGAAUGACUGGCCUCAUCAGCAACUCCAGGAAGCGCAGAAUGCGGGAGGCGAAGAGUGCUUCUUUUGCACUGGGCAGCGCCAGGUCCAUGGACACUGGAGAUGACAGUGACAGAGAUCGGUCCCUGUUGGGAGCCAGGCAGCGUGCAGUGAAGCGGAUGCGCAUGAGGAUGUACGCCGAUGAAGAGGAAGAGAAGCAGCGGCGUGGAAAAAGGCCCGGGGCCUUGGGUACACCAACACCUCCCACGCCAUGGUCUACGCCAGGCAACUCACCGACCUCGGACGAAGAGACCUUUAGCCGCUCCCUCAGCACCAGCGUCAGCGGCAGCAGCGUCUGGGACCGCCUGUCUGGUGGGCGGGCCAACUUGUUUUCUAGGCAGGACCACGAAGACGUUGACGAGUAUGGGGACGACGAACAAGAUAGAUUUCCGGUUCCCAGACGGUCGCGCUAUGUUGACCUGGACGACCCAAGCUUGCGGGAUGACUACGACCCCACCGACGACAGCUAUGGUGCCAGCGGCUACGGCGAUGAUUUUGGGUUCGAGGACAGGUCGGGUCACGGGUCGAGAAGGGGUGGCCACACCCGGAGAGAUGAUGAGGAUGACGAAGGCGACGAUGAAGACGCGCGUCGACCCCUGUCAACUGUUCGAAUGGCCGGCACAGAUCUGCGGUCCAAGCUGGAGAAGCUGAGGCAGAGCCGGUCAGCACCGGAACGUAUGAACGCACUGCGAAUUUCUGUGUCCAACGAGGCACCAUGAUUUGAGGGCAGAUGUGGCCGUGCUGUGGAUUUCUUUGGGGGUUAGACACUGUGGAUGGGUUUUUGUGUCUCGAUGAGGGUGUAAGGACUUGCUUCCCUGAAGCAUAGUCCGGAACAUUGCCAUUGCUGCUCAACGAGCAGCAAAAUGGAAGCAACAGCUUGCUGAGAGGUUUUCAUUCUUGUUUAAACAACAUUGUUUUUCGAAAAUGUCAUGUGAGCACUCGCGUGAAGAUGGGAAGCAUGGCAAACGUCGGUGACAGAGGGUUGACAAAUGCUUUGUUUUACUCGCAUCACUUGCAGUUUGGAAGCCAGGUCUAGUGAACUUAUUCUGCUGUGUCCCCAGGGCACCUCUAGCUGUCAAAUCUCUCUUUCAGAUUGAGCACUUGUGCUUAGGCACGCAACAAGCUGCUAGUCAGAUGGUUAAAUACUGUCAUGGCAGAUAGACUCUAAGCGUUUUGCAAGCAACUGCCAAGCUAUACCCUAGGGCAGUGGAUUAAAAUGGCAUGUGCUCCCAAUGCGUGUGAUAUCUCGGCAACCACUGUAUUUUUCCUUAUUUGCAGUUGGCUUUCUUGUUGUUUCUUAGUAUGUUAGCCCUGAUGCGUCAAUAAAAUUGGGCUUAUAGUUUACGCUCGAAUGACUGCAAGUAACUUGCAAGAAAGGAAUGUCACUUGAAGAAGUCUUGUUUCAAAUUGUGUUGGUGGAAAUUGCAGAAGAUAGAAGAGGGAAUCACUCAAGACUGUUCAAUUGUUUAAUAUUUCAGUUACAACUAGAAGACUUCACUAGAAGAGUUGGUGCGGUUUGGUUGACCGGUGUAUUGCAAAUCUGAGAUUGCAUAAUUCAAGUGUUGCAACAUGUUGCAAUGUAGUUGCGCUCGGGUUAAUGGUGCUUGUCAGUUGAAAACCUUCUUUUUUUUGACAUAGACUAAUUGUGGUGCACAAACCAAGACUGCCAAAAAUUUUGUUUUAUUUGUUAUAAAGCAGUAGCAUGCAUAAAUGACCCGAGAGCAGAAACGUUUUCCUUUUAGUUCAACAAAAAAAAGUAAGCCUGUGAGUUAAUCAUGUGAAACUUGUUCCCAGAUUUUUUUAUGCAGUUUCUGAGCUUGUGUUGUUGUCAUUUUGAUGGAUUAACUCUGCUGGCAGCGCAUGUCAUCGGCUCCUAUAAAUACCCUCUCAAAAGGCAUCACAUGCUACAAGUGUCGUGUUGCAUGUUGCCCAAGGUACACGAAACGUUUGCAGGCCUGGAUGCUUCCCUUCCCUUGAAAUGUUUUUGUCAUUGUUGAACAUUUCAUGUUUAAUAUGAAAAUAAAGAAGCUCAUUACGGUGGCAGUU